AUGGCAUCCGCCGCCGCCGCCGCGGACCAGCGGCCGCCCGUGAACCCGUACAACUUCACGCGCGAGGACUACGACGACAUUGUGCAGCAGGCGCCGACGUGCCGCGUGAGCGCGCGGUCCAAGUACCACGAGAUCGAACUCGUCGAGGACUGCACGCUCUUUGACCUGUACCGCCAGCCGCGCGCGCCUGUGACGGACCGACACGCGACGAAAACGCUGUCCAUGCGGCAGCUCAACGCCGACCUCACGUGUCCCAUCUGUCUCGGCAUCAUCAAAGAGACAAUGGUCGUCAUGGAGUGUCUCCACCGCUUCUGCCGCACGUGCAUCUCGACGGCCAUUCGCCAUAGUAAGCGCGAGUGCCCCUCGUGCCGCAUUCACAUUCCUUCGAAGCGGUCGCUACGACCUGACGCGACGUUCGACGCGUUCAUUGCGACCGUGCACCCGAACUUGGAGGCCUUUGAGCGCCACGAAGACGAGAUCAUUCAGCAGGUGAACCGCGCGAGGCGGUGCCAUGCGAGUCAGAGCAGCAGUGUGCACGACGAGCAGGCGAGCGCGAUGAGCCACGGGACAGCGGGGGCGGCAGGCCAUGGCACGCGUCGACAGAGUGGGAGAAUCCAUGGCGAGCAGGCUGCGACUUUGUCACGUUCGUCGUCUCCAGUGCGUGGAGAGGGACGAGUGGUUGGUGAGAAACGCCAUUCGCCUGGGACUGGCUCACCUCGUGCCAAUGGAUCGUCGUCUACUACUGCUGCUGCUGUGUCAGAAGACGGAAGGGCUGCACGCAAGAAGUUGCGAAAUGCUUUGAGCUCGAGUGCGUUGGUGCCAGCAGUGACUUCGGAACGUGUGAACCUGCGCGUGUUGCUGCAUGAUGACGAGCAGUCGAGACUCCCGACGUUGGAGCGCACACUGUUCACCACGUCAUCGAAGCUCAAGAUCCGUCAUUUGAAGAAACACCUUGCCUCGCUGCUCAAGCUUGACACGCACGAUCGGUUGUGCAUUGUCUUGCCUACAGUGAACUGCAAGCUCAGUGGCUUGAGCGAGCGAGCGAAGAACCGAAAGAGCGCGGGCAGUGGUAUUCGACAAGACCUGCUGUGCGAUCAGGAGCUCGAGGACUUUGUGACUAUAAACGAUAUUUAUCAGCAGUACGGAAUGGGUAUAGAUUGGGAGCUACGCCUGCUGUAUCACUUUUCCUCGGAUACCAUUAUCAAUGGCAUCGCUCGCUUCGUGUCAGCGGCGUCUAGCACCAGAUGA